AUGCCGUCUCAAGCCACCAUUGUCGCCAGUCGCCAGUCGCCAGUCGCCACCCAUCUCACUCCAAUGACGGACCCUGCCAACAUCUGGCGGAUCUUCCAAGAUGAAUUCAGGGACAUCCUUGGAGAGGAGCCGUCACUCCAAUUGCUUCUUCAAAUUGACGAGUUCCCCUUUGCGCAUGAGGCCGGUGUCUUCCUCCCCAAGGCGAAUGAGCUCUUUAUCACGAGCAACCAGUUCAAGGACCAUGCCGGCGAGAAGACAGUCCAGAUCUCCAAGAUUUCACUGAGCAGCGAUUCCGACUCGGUCAAGUUGCAAAAGAUCAGUUGCGAACUCAUUCACAUGGCAAACGGGGGCGUCAACUAUCAGGAUGGGAUCCUCAUUUGCGCCCAAGGCUCUGCGACACAUCCAAGUGGUCUCUUCAAGCUGCAGACCACUUACCCCUAUGAGGCAAAGCCUGUCAUCACAAGUUACAUGGGGAGGCCUUUCAAUGCCGUCAAUGAUGUUGUAGUGCAUAGCGACGGAAGUAUCUGGUUUACAGAUCCGUCGUACGGCCAUGACCAGGGCUAUAGACCCAGGCCCAGCCUUCCCAACGCCGUGUAUCGCUAUGAUCCUGUUACUGAGAGUAUCAGGGCUGUAGCUGAUGGACUGGGGAGGCCAAAUGGCAUCUGCUUCUCACCCGACUAUUCGACCGUAUACAUCACUGAUACGGACCAACGACAUGGGCAGCCGUUCCUGACCAACAAGCGCUUGUUCGCUCUCGCCUCCACAGGGAUCCCAGACGGCAUCAAGUGCGACACGAGGGGAAACGUUUACAGUGGGUGUGGCGACGGCAUCAACAUAUGGUCGCCUGGAGGUGUUCUUUUGGGCAAGAUUAUUAUUCCAGGCGGCGUGGCUAACUUCUGCUUCGGAUCUGAGGGACAAAUCCUUGCACUGAAUGAACACAGGCUGUGGCGUGUACAGCUCGAUAAAUGUGUCAGAGGAGCAUUGCUUGAUGGCCAAACAUAG